AUGGCGAUUGUAGCCACUCUACCAGGUCUCAACCUCUUCUCCUCUCUCCCUCCGAACGACCCUAACCCCUCCUCAAACCCUCCUCCUCAACCCCCCAUUCCAAUACCUAAAUACCCACCACCUCUCAAAUGCCGAAAACACUCUCCACAACCGCCAAAACCCCAAGCUAACCCCGCUUUAAAGACCUUCCACAACCGUUCCAAGUACUACUGGCGGGUCAAGGACGGAGUCAUCACAUCGGAUGGCGACCGCUCCGUCGUCGUAGGUGAAUCCGGUGUGUCCUAUCUCCUCCCCGGCGCGCCCUUCGAGUUCCAGUUCAGCUACUCCGAGACCCCCAAGGCCAAGCCCCUAGCGAUUCGCGAGCCAGCUUUCUUACCAUUCGCGCCGCCUACUAUGCCCCGGCCAUGGACGGGGAAGGCGCCACUGAAGACCUCGAAGAAGAAAAAGAACAUUCCACUUUUUGAGUCGCCCCUCAGGGCAUGA